UGUAGAUUAAAAGUUUAGAAAAAUAUCGACUGUUAAACAAUUAAUUAUUCACUUUUUUUUUAAUAGAUUUUCAACAACCGGUUCAUUAUUUAACAGGUUAUUCUACUCUUAUAAUUUGAACAGUUGACUUUAUUUUUAGCCUUUUUAAAAAGAGAAAUCAAAUACAAUUCGGUCCUGGAUUGAAGUUAUGUCUCGGGGUUCCAGAACCGAGAAGAUUAAUAAUUAUACUUAACGGCUUGGAUUUUUUUUUUCGUACGAGUUCAUACGUCGCUUGAAAGCGAUCGCUAAAAAGAAUAUAAGUGCUGAUGAUGGACGACUUUGACGAUUUGAAGCUGAGCGACUCCGAAGACGACGAAGGGGCAGGAGAGAGAGUGAGGAUGAUCAUGGAGGAGAUCUACAAGAACCAGGACAAGAUCAAGAGCGAGAAAGACAUCGAGGAGAUGGCCGAAAGGUGCACUAACAUGAUGACGCAGAUGAGGAACGAGGCCUACGUAAAGAAAAAGGAAAAGAAAGGCAGAAGCUCAGGAGCCGGCGACAAAGCUUCCCCACCACCUUCCAGAAUAUCCUCGGUCAAAGACUCGCCCAGAAAGGAUUCGACCAAGGGCUCCAACCCGCUCUUCCCACCGCCUUCCAAAUCUAAUCUGAAGGCGCAGAUAGAUCACAAAAAGAAAUCUCAGAAACCUAACUUCUCCGAACUAUACAAAGAGAAGAUGGAGAAGAUGAGGGUGCCGGGGAAAACGGAUUUGAAGGGGUCCCAGACUAAAACUGACUCGACCAAGGCGUCUAAAGCCAAAAUGGGGAUGGGGGAUACUCGCCGUAAAGUAGUCGAAGAUAGCAAUGAUUCCGAAAGUGAAUCGUCAUCGAUGAAUUCGGAGUCGGAUUCGAUCGGGUCUGACGAACUAAAAAAGAUAUUGGACAGCACCAAAGCCGGCGACAAGAUUAUGAAGGAGUUUAAAGCUAGAGAGAGCUACAGAGGAGUCGGAAAAGAAGUGGACGCCCAUCGGAAAACGGCGGACUGGAUGUCAUCAACGAGAGGCGAGCUGGCGAAGAAGAAGGAAGCAGCGGGCAGUAGCAAGAUGGCUGCCUCCAAGGCAAAUCAGAACCUAUCCUUCUUCAGUUCAUCGGACAUGGAUUCCGAGGACGAGAAAAUGGCCCAGCAGCUGAAGAGCAAGAUGACGCUGUCCUCAAAGAAGCCUCCCACGGACAACAGGGAGGCCGCCAGGAAGCUGCUGAGUUCCAUCUCGGAGAAACCGAAGGGUACGGUGCCGACGAAGCCCCCCGUGGCCACGGCGAAGAGGACGGGUGCGCCAUCGGCGGCCCCUAGGCUAGCUGUGAGCAGGCCCGGCCCGACGGAUAAGGCCAAGCCCAGGAAGAAGAUGUGACCUGUCCCAACAACAAUAGCUCCAAAAAAAGUUUAUAAAACUCGAAUUUGGCCAUAGGUAAAAUUGAGCAGGAAAAGUGAUUAGAAGAUUAAAAAUAUUUUCAA